AUGGAAACUGCAUUGAAAGACAAAACUCCAUCAGAGCUUUUUGAGCAGUUUUAUUCCAGUGAAGUCUACGAUCUCACUGUAAAAGAAACUGAGCGAUAUGCAACAGAUGUAAAAAACGAACAAGGUUUCUUGUUCGUUUUUUACAUCUGCCAACGAAAUACGUGUUUUUAUCUUACGAAAUACGUGUUUUUAUCUUACGUGUUUUUAUCUUUUACUGCCAACGAAAUACGUGUUUUUAUCGGAAUUUUGCUUAUAACUGGUUAUCAUUCAAAUACCUGCGAACGUGACUACUGGUCAGAUGCUGAAGACCUUCGCAUUACCCUUGUGAAAAAUGCCAUGACACGAAACCGCUUCCAAAAGUUGAAAUCUUAUUUAUACUUUGUGGACAAUGGAACUGUCAGUCAGCAUGCCCAGGAUCGAUCCUUCAAAGUAAAACCUUUGUUUGCCGUACUCAAUAAUAAUUUUAUGAAAUUUGGACACUUCUCUGCAAAUCUAAGAAUCGAUGAAAUGAUCAUCAUGUAUUACGGUAGGAAUAGUCUGAAACGGUUUAUCCGAGGCAAGCCUAUACGUUUUGGAUAUAAACUUUGGGCUCUCUGUGGGAGCGAGGGUAAUUGUUACAAUUUUUCUCUCUAUUGCGGUAAAGAAUUUGAUGCGAGAAAUGAUACUUCUCUUGGUACUCGGUUUGUGAUGAAACUAACACAGAAUAUUGUGAAUCCUUCAAGCUACACGUUAUAUUUUGAUAACUUUUUUACGAGCAUUUAUCUUUUGAAAAGUCUUGGUGAACAGGGUUUUCGAGCUGCAGUAACAAUACGAGAAAAUCGGAUAUAUCACGAGUUUCCUUUAGAAGAAUCUAAGUCUAUGCGGAAGAAAGAAAGAGGAACGUCUGAUUUUGCAUUUGACUAG